CUCUCUCUCUCUCUCUCUCUCUCUCUCUCUCUCCCUUGUCCCAAAAAAUGAUGGGAACAACUCUUCUCUCCUGCUUUACAGUCCUUGUUUCUCUCUCAUGUCUCUACAGUCCUACAAGUUCCUCCUCCACAGACUCCUUUGUGUUUGGAGGCUGCACACAGCAAAAGUAUGCACCCGACUCGCCCUACGAGUCGAAUCUCAACUCACUCCUCACCUCCCUGGUCAACUCGGCCACCUACUCCUCCUACAACAACUACACCAUCAUGGGCUCAAGCCCUCAAGACGUCAUCUACGGACUCUACCAAUGCCGUGGUGACCUGGCCAUGCCCGACUGCGCCACUUGUGUUGCUCGUGCCGUGAGCCAAGUAGGGCACCUCUGCUCCUACACCUCCGGUGGCGCUCUUCAGCUAGAAGGAUGCUACAUCAAGUAUGACAACACUAGUUUUUUGGGCGUGGAGGACAAGACUGUGGUGUUGAAGAAAUGUGGACCGUCGAUUGGGUAUGAUGCCGAUGGAAUGGGCCGUAGAGAUUCAGUGUUGGCGGCCUUGGUUGGGUCCAGUGGGCCAUAUAGGGUUGGUGGGUCCGGGGAAGUGCAGGGUUUGGCGCAAUGCGUUGGUGAUUUAAGCUUAUCGGAGUGUCAGGAUUGUGUGUCGGAGGCAAUAGGACGGGUUAAAAGUGAGUGUGGUGGAGCUGUUUAUGGUGAUAUGUUCUUGGCCAAGUGUUAUGCUAGGUACUCAACUGGUGGAUCUAAUUUUUACUCUAAGGGCCAUCAUGAUAAAUCUACCAAUGAUAGUGAGAAGACAUUUGCUGUUAUUAUUGGACUAUUGGCUGGAGUUGCUCUGCUCAUCGUUUUUCUUACCUUCAUCAGAAAGGUGUUUGGGGGAAAUGGUAAAUAAAUAAUGAGCUUGCAAAGUUAUUGGCUUCCGAAGUGAUUUGCUUUUGGCUCUCUUUUUUCUUCAUUAUGUCUACUUUCCUCUCCCUCUUUAAUCUUUAUGCUAUUUUCUUUCUUUGAUUUAAGAUUAUGUUUUUCUCUCGGAAAGUAGAGUUCAUAGAAAAGAUGGAAAAGAUGGAAAGACGUACGAUGGGGCACUUACCCAAAACAAAGUUGAAAGGAGGGUGGGUGACAAAAGGAGGCUCGAGAUUCCAAUCUCCCCUCCACUUGACAAAAGUGUGUUGUCUAGUAUGAAAAAAAAAAUUGGCAUA